UGAUGAACGCGAGCGACCGUUAGUCGCAGCAGACACGGGUGACGACGAACAACAACAAGUUGGAGCUGUGACAGUGCAAGUGAAACGUGCGCUGCUCCCACACAUGGAUCACGGAUCACGGAUCAGUAGCUGAACAGGCAAAAGUGGCAACGGGCAAUUGGAUUUUAAUGCUGCAACUGCAACUGUGACAAGCAAGAAUUAGUGCAAUCUUUGUUGGUGUUUGUUGUGCGAUCAAUAAUCAAUGCCGAUUAAUAAGGGCAUAAAGUCUAAAGUAACGGCGGAUUUCUUGGAUUUCGAUUAUGAGUAUAAUAUUAAUUAAAUUAAAUAUAAUAUGAAAAUUCAACUACUGCCAAAGUGCCACAUACAAAUAAAUACAAAUCAGGUGUGAAAAGUGCGUGAUAAUUUCUGAACAAAAGCCAUCGAUCGCUUGCCAAAAUGUGCUAAUCAGAUUUCAGUUGUGGUUCAACAACUCACCUGAGGAGCAACUUACGCGACCAAGCCAAGUACUUACAAAACGAGACCAGACGAGACGAAACGAAAUAAAACGAAACGGUUAUCCAAUCGAAAUCCAAUCAGUUAAAUCCAACUGGCGUGGCGCCGGUCAAGAGGCGCCGUCAAUUUGUGCAAAUUUCAUGCCUUAAUUGAAACUAACAAUAUAGCCAAGUGCGAGUAUUUAACGGUUAACGCAAACUCCCUUUCUGUGCGAUUACAAUUAAAUACAUAAAUAAUAAUAAUAUAUAUAAAUAUAUACAUUCGCAAGCGACGGACAAGCGAACGGUGAAAGUCGUCAAAUUGGAGCGGAUAUUGCUAUAAGCAGAUACAAUUCUGGAUUUCUUUAAUCUGGAAAUGGACCCAGAGUCGCAAUGCCCGCAGUAUGGCGAAGUGAAUCAGCUGGGCGGCGUCUUUGUGAACGGCCGACCGCUGCCGAAUGCGACUCGAAUGCGGAUCGUGGAACUGGCCCGCCUGGGCAUCCGGCCCUGUGACAUUUCGCGCCAGCUGCGCGUGAGUCACGGCUGUGUCUCGAAGAUACUGGCGCGUUACCACGAGACGGGCUCCAUAUUGCCGGGUGCAAUUGGUGGGUCCAAGCCGCGCGUCACCACGCCCAAGGUCGUUAACUACAUACGGGAGUUGAAGCAACGCGAUCCGGGCAUCUUUGCCUGGGAGAUCCGGGAUCGUCUGCUCAGCGAGGGCAUCUGCGACAAGACGAAUGUGCCCAGCGUCAGCUCCAUAUCGCGAAUACUGCGCAACAAACUGGGCAGCAUAGGACAUCAUCAUAGCACUGGCAGCAUUGGCUCCUCAUCAAUGGGUGCCAUUGGCAGCAACGCCAGCAGCGGCGGCGGAGGCGUAGGCAGUGGCGUCGGCGGCGGCGGAAACAGUAAUACCACCAAUGCUACUCAGCAUCCACACUCCGCGCACCACCACCAGCAUUAUCAUCACCAGCAUACGGCAGCAGCGGUGGCAGCCAGUGCUCACCAUGUGCACGCUCACGCCCAUCUCUACAAUUCCAUCUAUCAGCCGUAUAGUGCAGCUGCCGCCUACAGCAUGAAGGCCGUCUCCUGCGGCAGCCCAUCGCCCCCGCAGGGCGGGCAGACGCAUCAGCUGCGCAGUGUUCCGCCCGGCCAUUGGCCAUCGUCGCAUUCAGUUACCGAUAUACUGGCGCAUCAUCAGGCUGUUGCCCUGCGGGCCAGCUGCCAAGGGAAUACAGUGUCGCCGCUGCCAAUGACGCCAUCGCCAGUGGGCGCUGCGACCGGUGGACAGCCCCUGUUGGACUGCGAGGGGGGACCGGGGCAGCAGCCGCCCUACAACUACUACAUGUACUUUCAAAAUGGCGGCAUGCAUCAUCAUCACCAUCACGGAGGGAUGAUGACGGCUGGAGCAACCGGUUUAUGAGGCAACAGGGCAUCAUCCCAGCUCCUCCAGGCAGCUCGAAUUGUUGGUUAGUCAGGCAUGUGUGAAGGGUUUAACUACGAUAUACAUAUAUAUAUAUAUAUAUAUAUAUAAAUAUGCACACAUAUAAAUA